CAUAGCCACCUGCGGACAGCUCAACCCGAGACAGCCAUGAGGGUCCUGAUCAUCGCCUCCUGCCUGCUGGCUCUUGCAGCAGCCGAGCCCGGUUACUUGGGAGGAGCACUUGCCUACAAUGCUGUUCCACUUACAUCUGGGGUCAUCAGCCAGUACCACGCCCAGGACGAGCUGGGCCAGUACAGCUACGGCUACUCCGGAGACACCUCCGCCAAGCACGAGACCCGCACCCUGGACGGCAUCACCCAAGGCGGCUACUCCUACCUGGACGCCCACGGCCUGGUGCAGAGCGCCAGCUACGUGUCGGACCCCGUGAAUGGUUUCCGCGUGGCCGCCACCAACCUGCCCGUGGGACCGUCUGCCCCCGCCCCGGCCGUCGUGGCUCCCUACGCCGCCGUUCACGCCGCCCCCUACGCUGCCGUUCACGCCGCCCCCUACGCCGCCCUGGCUGGCGCUCCGCUGCCCGUCGCCGACACCCCUGAGGUGUACGCCGCCAAGGUCGCCCACUUCCAGGCCCACGCCGAGGCCAAGGGCCACCUCCUGGGCCGCAAGAAGCGCAGCGUCGGCUACCUGGGCUUGCCCGUGGUCGCCGCUCCUGCCCGUAGCUUCGCCUACUCCACCGUAGCUGCCCACGCAGCACCUGCCGCGGUGCCUGUCUCUCCCUACGCUGCAGUCUCUCCCUAUGCUGCAGUCUCUCCCUAUGCUGCAGUCUCUCCCUACGCUGCUGUCUCCCCCUAUGCCGCAGUCUCCACCUACGCCGCCCCCGUGGCGGUCGCCGGCUCCAGCCAGUACCGCGCCCAGGACGAGCUGGGACAGUACAGCUACGGCUACGCCGACGGAAACUCCGUGAAGCAUGAGAGCCGCGCCUUCGACGGCACCACCCACGGCGCCUACUCCUACGUCGACGGCCACUGUCUGGUGCAGAGCGUCAAGUACCACGCCGACGCCCUCGGUUUCCGCGCCGCGGGCACCAACAUCCCCGUUGGUCCCUGAAGUACAACAUUGAAGUGUUGAAGUCCUUGAAUCUUUUAGGCUAACCAUUAUGGUGUGUCCAACAGGGUUCUGAAUGUUGACGACUCUCGGUGUAUUCCGUGAAAAUGCCGCUGUUAACUGUCUUGAAUGUUUAUUAGCUGGGCAAGUGUAUUUGUACAGUGCUUGAGCUAGUAACAUUUUCUUGUCUUCCGUAAUAUGUUGUUAUUUAUGCAUAAUGUUGGACAAUAUCAAUGAAAUUUUUUAGAAACAGUAGAUUUUUUAAACAUUUUAUACCUGUAUGAAUUUUGUAAAUAAAUUCGUGCGGUUUUAUUUUCUAAAAUCAGCACACUUUUAA